AUGGUUAGAUCAUUGUUUCGCAAAAUCUUAGCAUACUUUUCUUCAGAAGAUGAUACAGAUGUUGAAAGUGAAAGGGCUCAUGGACAGUAUUCUGAAAACAGGCAACGUCGCAAGUUCAUUCGUCGAAAUCAUAACCAGAGGCAUGAGCGCCUAUUUCGUGAUUUUUUUGCUGAGAAUCCUGUGUAUUCCUCAAAUCUAUUUCGGAGGAGAUUUCGCAUGAGCCGUCCAUUAUUUAUUCGGAUUUUAAAUGAGGUGGAAUCUUAUGAGCCGUAUUUCGUCCAAAAAAGAGAUAAUUGUGGGCGACUUGGUUUAUCUUCUAUGCAAAAAAUUACUGCAGCACUUCGAAUGCUUGCCUAUGGGGUUACUGGAGAUUUCAUGGAUGAAUACAUACGUAUUGGUGAAACCACCGCAAUGGAGAGUCUAAAAAAGUUCACUGAAACUUUAGUGAAUGUCUUCUCCAGUGAAUAUUUAAGGCCUCCAAAUGCUAAUGAUAUACUUCGAUUGCUUAAUGUUGCUGAGCAACGAGGAUUUCCUGGCAUGCUUGGAAGCAUUGACUGCAUGCAUUGGAGAUGGAAAAACUGUCCGACGGCCUGGAAAGCAUUCUUUGGAAUGCCCGGUUCACAUAAUGAUAUUAAUGUUCUAGAGAGAUCUUUUGUGUUCACGGAACUUGCUCAAGGUCGUGCUCCUCCAGUCAAUUACACAAUUAAUGGAAACAACUAUACUAUGGGUUAUUAUCUAGCGGAUGGUAUUUAUCCCAAAUGGAAAACAUUUGUGAAGACGAUUCCAUCUCCACAGGGGAAUAAGAAGAAAAAUUUUGUGAAAGCACAAGAAGCUGCAAGAAAGGAUGUUGAACGUGCUUUUGGGGUACUUCAACAACGGUUUGCUAUUAUUCGUGGACCUUCCCGGAUGUUCAAAGUAAAAGAGCUAACAAAUAUAAUGAAAGCAUGUGUGAUUUUAUACAAUAUGAUUAUUGAAGAUGAACGUGAUGAUAGUGAAAAUAAUCAAGUUGAGUAUGAUCAACUUGAUGAUGACCCCCUGGAAUUUUUAAGCAAUCAUACAACAGACUUUGCAGAUUUCAUUCAGCGUCAUCAUCAUAUUAGAGAUAGCGCGGCACAUCACCAGCUUCAAGAAGAUCUAAUUGAACACCAAUGGCUAUUACAUUCCCAGCAGUAA